CCCUCACGCUCAUUUCCAACAUGGCGGCGGCCGAGGCGGUCGCGCUGCUGGAAGCGCUCCGGACGCAGGCGGCGGAAGUUGCGGCGCACGGGCGGGAGAUGCUGCGGAGAGUCAGGGGAGGGCAGCUGGACACCAAGGAGGGGGUGUCGCUGCUGCAGGUGCGCUCGCAGGCGCUGCUCAGUUACCUGCAGGACCUGGCCCUGCUCGUCUGCUCCAAAUCCCGCGGGGGCUCCCUCAGGAGCGCGGGGGGCGCCCUGGACAGGCUGCUGGAGACCCGAGUGGUGCUGGAGAAGCUCCGCCCCCUGGAGCAGCGCCUCAAGUACCACCUGGAGAAGCUGCUGAGGGCGGCGGCCUCGGGAGGGCGUGGUGCCGAGGACCCGCUCAGCUUCCACCCCGCCCCUUCCAAUAUGGCGGCGCAGGAGGAGGAUGACGCCGAUGACGACGAGGAAGGCCGAGGGGGCGGAGCCAAAGCGCCGGGGCGGGGCGGGGGGCGGCGCUACGUCCCGCCCCGCCUGGUGCCCGUGGCGCCCGCGCCCCCAGAGCCCCAGGACCGUUCCCAGCUCCGUGCCCUGACCUCGCGCCCCCAGAGCCCCAGGACCUUACCCAGCUCCGCGCCCACCCCCCAAGGCCGCCCCAGAGGAGCCCAGCGCAGCGUUGGGGGCCGCGGCAAUGGGGACCCCGAGGCCUAG